AUGUCAUCUCCAACGAGAUUGUUAGGGGUUAUUCUUCUGGUUCUGCUUUUGGUGGGAAUGGCAUCAAUGGGAAGUUGCAGCAGAGUUUUGAAGGAAGUGGAAUUUAAAAGAUCGAUUCAAGGCAUGCUUCCAAGAGGGCCAGUGCCUCCUUCGGGACCUUCUCCAUGUCAUAACAAGCUCAGCCCCUACCGGCACACGGAGCAAUCUUAUCAAGAAGAUUAUGUCAUAUGUCCAUAA